AAGCAGUGUAGAUUUACUUGUGGCCAUGAUGGAGUGAGCUUCCCUAAUUUCAGUUACCUCAGUGUCUCUGCCUAAACAAAACUGUCUCUGCUCCUCUUUCUUUCCCUGUGAUCCAUAGAACAAACCUCGUACAUUUUUACAUACAUUCAUGGCUUGUCGAUGAAACUAAAUCUCCGAGGCCAUAGGCGCCUAGGUGUGUGCAGAUCACACUAUUAUUUCUUACUUGCCAGGAACAUAAGAGUAAUAAUGAUGUCAUCACAGGACAGCUCCAUUUUGUCCACCGGUCUCUUGAGGCGUGUCCUGAUAGGGGCAGUGUUCUUUUUCGGUGUCUCGGCAUCCUGUUAUGUUUUGUUUCGAGCUGCAGACUCUGUCGGUUUUCGCUUUCCUGAUGCGCUUGAUCCUACUUCUCGGUUUAGUUAUGGUUUUGCAGACAACAAUAUGACCAAUCCUCAUCGUGCGAUAAAUAGGCUUGCAAGAGUGUUGAAGGCUGCUGCUUCGCCAAACAAAACGGUCAUAAUAACGACAUUAAAUGAAGCAUGGGCAGCACCAAACUCUGUUCUUGAUCUUUUCCUUCAUAGCUUUAAAAGUGGAGAUGGGACUCGUAAGCUCUUGAAUCAUUUGGUGAUUAUUGCCCUAGAUCAGAAGGCUUUUUUUCGUUGCUUGGAUUUACACUCCCACUGUUUUGCACUUGGUACUGAAGGGAUGGAUUUAUCUAAAGAGGCCUAUUUCAUGACUCCUGAUUACUUGAAGAUGAUGUGGAAAAGGAUUGAUUUCCUGCGCUAUGUUCUAGAGCUCGGCUACAACUUUAUUUUUACGGAUGCUGAUAUCAUGUGGUUUAGAGAUCCAUUUCCACAUUUAUAUAUGGACGCUGAUUUCCAGAUUGCUUGUGAUCAUUAUUCUGGCGACUCAGUUGACGUUGAUAGAAAUAAACCCAAUGGUGGGUUUAGUUUUGUCAGGUCUAACACCCGCACCAUAGAGUUUUACAAGUACUGGUACUCCGCCCAAGAAACAUAUCCAGGAUUGCAUGAUCAGGAUGUCCUAAAUCGUAUCAAGUAUGAUUCUUUCAUCACUGAUAUUGGACUGAAGAUACGGUUCCUAAACACCAAUUACUUUGGGGGAUUUUGUGAGCCUAGUAAAGAUUUAAACCAAGUUUGCACAAUGCAUGCCAACUGUUGUUUUGGGUUGGAAAGCAAACUUCAUGAUCUGCGAAUCUUGCUCCAGGACUGGAGGCGGUUCAUGUCCUUGCCUCCUAUGUUGAAAAGAUCGUCUAUAUUAUCUUGGCGGGUUCCUCAAAAUUGCAGUUUAGUCUCCCUUCGCCACUUAAACACGUCAAAAAAGGACCCAGAUGAAGGAUAGAAAGAUUGGCAGAAUAUGUAGUUCAAAAUUAGGCUUCUUUACAUAUUACAACUAAUAUAUUUAUAAUUAUAUGCGUACAGCGCUGUCGCUUUGCUACUACAUAUGUCAAUACUCUGCUGAUGUUUCUCCAUAAGAAAAUGGAGAUAUUCUGCCCCCACUUUGUAGAGAUUAAUUAUAGAUCGUCUUUUUUUUCGUUUUUGGCCAAGUUAUAGGCUGUUCUGUUACUAAUUACAAUAUGUCAUCUUCAUAGAGAGGCAUGUAGGAACAUGCUUGCAGAAAAUGUUGAUCGAUAAUAAUGAACGUGUGUGUACAAAUUAUGUGAUUCUAUGU